GCUUUGUCAAUGUCGACGCCUCGGGUGUUUUUGUUCUUUCUGUCAGCAGUAACGGGAAGAGAAGAGAACAAGCUUGGGAGGCGAUGACUGGGCGCGGGAAAAGGAAAUCCAAAUCGGCACAGCAGGACUUGAAAGCUGUGAAUGGAAAUGUAAAGAAGGUCAAGCAACAUGAAGAGGCAGACGUGCCCAAAGAACUCAGACAGGAGGUUAACCGUCUUUACCAGCUUGGGAUGCCUGAAGACUUUUAUCACUUUUGGGUCUUCUGUGAGAAACUUAAUCCCGAGGACCCUUCUGGAGCACUGCAGCCCAGCCUUGGACUCCAGCUGGUUGGCCCAUAUGACAUCCUGGCAGGAAAACAUAAAUCUGUAAAGAACUCAAACCCAAACUACUUUCUCCAUUGGCGGCAUUUUUAUGACCCCCCUGAAUUUCAAACCAUUCUGGUGGGAAAUGCAGAGACUCAGUAUCACAUGGGAUAUUACAGGGAUAGUCCAGAUGCAUUGCCUGUGUUUAUUGGAGCAAAUGAAGCGAAGAAAGGCUGUUCAUUAUCUCAGAUGGGGGACAACAUGUUUGCUGCAGUCAGACUUUUUCUUGCUAAAAGACAGAAAGAAAAGAGUAAUAAAAAGCAAGACAGUUCUCUAUGCAGCCUGGAAGAGGAGUUGACAGCUGCAGCAGAGAAACUUGGGUAUUCGUUGGAGCAAAAAACCAAAGAAAUGAAGCAGAGGGACAAAAAGGUAGUUACAAAGACGUUCCAUGGGGCUGGCAUUGUGGUUCCAGUGGAUGAAAACGACGUAGGUUAUCGAGAGCUUCCUGAAACGGAUGCCAGUCUUAAAAAGAUAUGCAAAUUGAUCACAGAAGCCCCGAAUGAUGAGGCGAGAAUCCAAGCCUUUGCUCCCAUUCAGGAGAUGAUGACCUACAUUCAGUUUGCCAAUGAUGAAUGUGACUAUGGUAUGGGGUAUGAACUUGGGAUAGACCUUUUCUGCUACGGAUCACAUUAUUUCCACAAGAUGGUACGACAGCUCCUGCCAAUGGCCUACAGCCUUCUCAAGAGGAAUCUUUUUGCUGAAAUCAUUGAAGCUCAUUUAGCCAGUAGGAACCAAGGAAACAUGGAUAAGUUGUCUGCAUGAAAUAAAAGGUCUUGAAUAUUCA